AUGACGGCCUUCUCUCCGAUUCCUUCGAAUUUCCUAAAUCCUUCGCCAAGAGCGAGCCCUCCGCCAUCAUCUCUCUUCCUUCUCAGUUUCCACCUGCAAACGCAUCCUCUCAAAUGCUUCAGACCUAAAAAGCUCAAAAUUAUUUGCUGUCAGCAAACAUUCGAACUCGAUGUGAAGACCAAUUCAGCGAAAAAGAAACCCAAGCCCAGGCCAAGCUUCGUGGAGCAAGUUCAGAGCAAAUGGUCCGUAAAGACCCCUUCUUUGAGACAAACGUUCCCAUGGCAGCAGCAAAAAAUCAGCGACGCGAGUCGAGAAUCUCAGCCGCCGCCGACCUCACUUUCGCCCUCCGAUGUUUCCUCUUCCGACAGAGGAAGUGGGCACAUUAGUUCUGUAAGCGAGCCGCCCGUUAACUCCCGCACGAGAAUCAAGUCGACCAUGGCUCCUUGGGCCCACGGAAAAGAAUCGAGAAAAAAGGUGUCUCAAGAACCUUCAGCUAGAGUUGUUCAAGGCUCUGACAGUUUGAGGAAUGAUGGCAGUCGAGGGAGAGAUUAUAAUGAAACCCCAAUUUGUCCGCCGAAGAAAAAUGUGAUCUUGGGCGCUAAGGUGAGUGAAAAUGCUACUGCGGUGGAGGGUUCAUCGAUAACUUUUAGAACAAACAAAUUAGAGCGAUUGCCAUGGGAGAGGAGAAAUGAGGUGGAGCGAGUGAAGGAGGACAAGUUGAGAAAUAGGAAUACGGUGUUGGCCGAGAGGGUUAUGCCCGAGCAUGAGCUAAAGAGAUUAAGGAAUGUGUCAUUAAGAAUGGCUGAGCAUAUAAAAGUCGGUUCAGCCGGCGUGACUCAGACUUUGGUGGACACCAUCCAAGAGAAGUGGAAGCAUGAAGAGGUUGUGAAGUUGAAGUUUGAAGGGCCUCCCUCGAAGAACAUGAAGCGAACUCAUGAAUUUCUUGAGAGUAGAACUGGAGGUUUAGUGAUAUACAGAUCGGGAGGUUUAGUAGUGUUAUACAGAGGGUCAUCCUACAAGCUCGAUUGUGUAAAAUCGUAUGGUGAGCGUGCUCAAGCUGAUAAUCAGGAAUUAAGUUCUGCUGGGGAAGAUUUUUGCGAAAGCAACAAAGCAGGACGUAUAAAUGGAGCUGCAAAAUCAUCUGGAAUAUGUAAUUUGAGUUAUGUUAACAAUCUAUCUAAACAAGAGCAAAUGGAUUUACACGAGCUCAACAGCAUGUUGGAUGAGCUUGGCCCGAGGUUCGUAGAUUGGUCUGGUCGUGAACCGAUUCCUGUGGAUGCUGACUUACUGCCUACUGUAGUUCCGGGGUAUAAGACACCGUUUAGACUUCUACCUCACGGGGUUAGACAUGCUUUGCGAGAUAAAGAGAUGACUUUUUUGCGAAGGACAGCAAGGAUGGUACCACCCCAUUUUGCCCUUGGAAGAAAUAGAGAGCUACAGGGUCUGGCAAUGGCCAUGGUGAAGUUAUGGGAAAAGAGUGCUAUUGCGAAAAUAGCCAUCAAGCGUGGUGUUCUGAAUACGUCAAAUGAAAGGAUGGCCGAACAACUCAAGAUAUUAACCGGCGGGACACUAGUUUCGAGGAACAAAGAAUUUAUAGUGUUCUACAGAGGCAAUGACUUCUUGCCUCCACGCGUCUCGAGCGCGCUUGUCGAGGCCGAAAAAGUCGCUGCUCUUCAACAGGACGAGGAAGAGCAAGCCCGGGAAAAAGCCUCGUCACUGCUCGACCCGACAAGAGAAUCUAGGCAGCGGUUAGUUGCGGGCACCCUCAGCGAGACCAAGGCCGCGACCUCACGUUGGGGAAGUGAACCCGACAGUGCUGCACUCGAGAAAAUGAAAAGAGAUACAGCUGUCGCAAGGCAUGCCUCACUGGUCAACUCUCUUGAGAAGAAACUGGCUCUUGCGAAGGGAAAGAUUAGUAGGGCUGAGAAGGUGUUGCAGAAAGUUCUGGAGAAUCAAGAACCGGAGGAUUUGCCUACUGAUCUCGAGACGUUGACUGACGAGGAAAGAUUUCUGUUUCGUAAGAUUGGGUUGAGCAUGAAACCAUUUCUGCAUUUAGGGAGGAGAGAGAUAUUUGAUGGUACUAUAGAGAACAUGCACUUACACUGGAAGUAUCGGGAGCUGGUGAAAAUAAUGGUGGAAAGGAAAACUCUUUCACAAGUGAAGCAUAUAGCUAUCUCACUCGAGGCGGAGAGUGGUGGGGUGUUGGUGUGUGUGGAAAGAACUCACAAAGGCCAUGUUAUAAUAGUCUACCGUGGGAAGAAUUACCAGCGGCCACUUGCAUUCAGGCCGAAGAAUCUUCUUACAAAAAGGCAGGCAUUAGCCCGUUCUAUCGAACUUCAGAGACGUGAGGCGCUAAAGCACCAUGUUUUGGAACUCGAGGAAAACCUUGAAAAGCUGAAGAAGGGACUAGAAGAUGCAAUGAUGGCUACUGACGAUGACAGUACCGGGAAUCUGGAUUCAAGAAAUGGUACUGAGCGACUUCAAUGA